AUGGCCGUCAUCAAACUCCAGCUAGAAGCUGGCAAGGCCACGCCGGCGCCGCCGGUCGGCCCCGCUCUGGGUCAGCACGGCGUCAAUAUCAUGGCCUUCGUCAAGGAGUACAACGAGCGCACCGGCAGUCAGGCCGGUACCAUCAUCCCGGUGCAUCUGACGGUGUACCAGGACCGCUCCUUUACCUUUGUCACCCGGACUCCUCCCGCGUCGGACCUGCUUCGCCGGGCUGCCGGCAUUGACAAGGGUCAGGGCGAUGUCGGUGUCCCCCUUGGAGUGACCAUCACCAGUGAUGUCCUCCGCGGUAUCGCCGAGGACAAGCUGAAGGACCUCAACGCCAACUCCGUCGAACAGGCCAUGAGCAUCAUUGCCGGCACUGCCCGCAGCAUGGGGAUCAGGGUCGAAGACGACUGA